AUGGCUGGGCCAGAGGCCAACCCCAGAGCGACACCUGUGUCCCUGGGGCGCUGCAUGCGGCAGGGUUUCCAGGAGCUGUACCAGGCCCAGCAGCUCUGCGAUGUUGCCUUGGUGGCUGCAGGACGGCGCUUCCCCUCUCACAGGCUGGUGUUGGGCUCAGUCAGCCCUUACUUACGGGACCGGAUGGCCUCCGCGGAGUCCCAGGGUGGGGAUGUUCAGCUGCAGGAUGUGUCGCCCUCCAUCCUCCAGAGCAUCCUGCACUAUCUGUACACGGGGGAGCUGGCGCUGACGGCCGAGUGCGCCCAGGAGCUGUUCAUCACGGCCAGCAGGUUCCAGAUCCCCCCACUCCUGGAGACGGUUGGCAGGUUCCUCGUGGAGAGCAUUUCCCUGGAGACCUGCCUCAGGCUGUAUGCGCUGGCUCACACCCACCAGCACCCAGGUCUGCUCCGUGCAGCCAGGUGCUAUGUCAGCCUGCACUUCAGGUCCCUGUGCCAUCACGACACCUUCCUGCGCCUGGACCCCGGCACUUUGAUCGACAUCAUCACCUCAGACGGCCUUGCGGUGGCUUCCGAACUGACUGUCUACUGGGCUGUGGGGCGCUGGGUGAGGGCUGACCCCGCCGGCCGCCUGCCGCUUCUCCCAGAGCUGCUGGGGCACCUCCGCCUGGCCUUGCUGACCCCCGAGGAGCUGGCUGAGGUGCAGGCAGACGUUGCAGAGCUCUCUGGGGCUGCUCGGCUGGGGUGGAAGGAGCUGGUUGGGGAGCGGAUGUUGCAGGAGAGUGGGGGCCUCCGGCGGGGCAUGUAUGAGGAGGUGAUCGUGUGCGUGGGGCGGAGGGGCCAUGCCAAGGGUGAGGACUCGGAUUCUCCCCUGGACUGUUUUGACCCCCGCACAGAGAGGUGGGGGGCACCACUGGGCUCGGUUCCGGUGCGGUUCCCCGGUUUCGCUGCCCUGGGCCACAAGCUCUAUGUGGCUGGGGGCUGCGGCCCGGACGGCUGCUUUUCAACCAGCCUGCACGAAUACGACGCCUGCUCUGGGCAGUGGGCACAGCUCCCCUCCAUGUCCUGGCCCCUGGACCCCCACGGCUUCCUGGUCUGCAGCCGGCGGCUCUACGCCAUGGGGGGCUGCACGGAGGCGGCUGGCAAGCUGGAUUCGGCAGAGACCUUUGAUCUGGAGCAGAAGCAAUGGACUCCUGCCGCCCGCCUGCCCUUUCCUCUCAGCUACUUCGCCUCGGCCGCGCUCCACAACAAGCUCUACCUGAUAGGUGGGAAGAAGCAUGUGGCGGGGGCCCUGGCCCCCUACCGGGGGCUGCUGAUCUACCACAUCAGCUCGGACAGCUGGGCUCAGGUGCCGCUGGGCGUGGGACUCUGCCACGCGGGCGCUGCUGCCAUGGCUGGCGGGAUCUGUGUUGUGGGGGGCUGCAGAGACGAAGACCUCGGGGAGGAGGGAGAGGGGGCUUCCUGCCUGGGAAACAUCCAGGCCUCCCGGGUGUGCUUCUUCCUGGGUGAGGAUGGCAAAGUGAGGCAGGAGGUGGCCAUUCCGGCGCUUCCCCGAGCCAUCGCGUCUGCUGGGGCCGUCUGCUGGCGGGGAAGGGUCUACGUGGUGGGUGGCAAGGAUUCGGCCCGUUGGCUGAACACUGUGUACUGCUGGGAGCCCAGCGCUGCCACCUGGACCCUGUGCCGGGAAGGCCCUGCCACCGCGGAGUGCGUGAGCUGGUUUGGCUGCGUGACACUGCAGGUGCCCAUCAAAUCCCUCCGGACACUUUUCCAGGGGCAGUCCACAGCCCCGGCGGCAGGUGGGGCGACGAGCCGAAAGCAGUUCCCUUCUGUGGAGCCCAGGCUCCUCUGCAGAGCCUCUACAAUGGCAGCAGACGCUGAUCUCCACCUCCCAUCAAUGGGAAAAGAGGCUUGA